AUGCCUGCGGACACCCCGGGGAAGCCGAGGGCCUCGCCGCGGGCGGGAGCGUCGGCUGGCGCCAGCCGGACCCCAAACCAACCCCGGAGCGUGGCCGAGCACCGGAAGUCCUCCAAGCCCGUCAUGGAGAAGCGGCGCCGAGCGCGCAUCAACGAGAGUCUGGCUCAGCUGCAGAGCCUCCUCCUGGACGCCCUCAGGAAAGAGAGCUCCCGCCGCUCGAAGCUGGAGAAGGCGGACAUCCUGGAGCUGACCGUGAGGCACCUGCAGAGCCUGCGGCGCGUGCAGGUGACAGCCGCCCUCCGCUCGGACCCCGCCAUCCUGGGCAAGUAUCGCGCCGGCUUCCAUGAGUGUCUGGCCGAAGUGAAUCGCUUCCUGGCUGGCUGCGAGGGCGUCCCUGCGGACGUGCGGUCUCGUCUGCUCGGCCAUCUGGCGGCCUGCCUGGCCCGGCUGGGGCCUGCGCGCCGCCCGCUUCCACUGGCUCCAGCCACCGAAGCCCUGGAGCCGGAGAUCUACGCGGGCCGCCCGCCGCCGCCAGCCUUUGACGGCCUUUGCCCCUUGCCGCGCCCCGGGGCGGCCUUGGCACCCAUCUUCCUGCCGGGGUUGGCCCUCGCCGCCCCCGGGGCCGGGGCUCAGGGCCAGGGCGCGCCCUGGAGGCCGUGGCUGCGGUGAGGCCGCGGCCCUAGAAUCGACUGAGACUGUGCCAGAAAAUGGUUAUUUCCAGAGACCGGGUAGGGAGUUUUGUUUUGUCGUCUUGGUGAAGGGUCCAGUUCGUCCGAGGCCCAGCGGCUGAUGUCUUCUCAUGAACCGGCGGGGUGGGCAGGGCCGGGCCGUGUGGGUAGAUUCAGCUCCCACCUGGGCCAGGGUUGCACUGCGCGGGGGUUCGUCCGCCCUUGAUUUUGGCUGUGUCCCUAUGUGCUGAAGCCGCUACCUGCCUCGAGCGGGGAGGGUGUGUGUGAGAUGGCCCUGGGGGGCUCAGGCAGGACUGAACAGUCACCACUUUCCUAGAGCGUCUCCCAGUGCUGAGAAGAGGUCGUGCAUCAUCCUGGGGCCCAGUUCUCUCUCCACAACCCCUCCUGAGGCCCCUGGAAGGCGGAGAUGUGUGCACACUGUUGUCUCUGGGGCUGAGCUGGGCUGAAGCUUGGGUUCUGGACUGGUGCACUGCCUCCCUUCUCCUGGGGGAGCACAAAACUAUUCUUGCACACCUGUGGGUCAAGCCUGCCCCAGCCAGUGUCUGCCUAGCAGAUGGGGGCCAGCAGGAGAGGGCGUCUGAGUCCUAGAGGCAGGGCCCCCGACCGGCCUGACAAAGGGCAGUUUGUAUUGGGGCUCAUCUCCCACCAGAGUCCAGUCCUGCCCUGAGAGGGGAGUCCCCUGACAGUAGGAAGGAAUUGGGGGUUCAUUGGCAGGCCUAUGCACCUGUCUUGAGCACUGGCUGUAUGCUGACCCUAUAAUACAGUGAUCCUAGCCAGCGAGGGGCAUUGGCCGGGGAGCCACUGUCUUGUGGUCCCAGGUCUCCUCAGGCUGCUGCUGGGGGCUGUGCUCCGGGGGCAGUGAGGAGGUGGUUGAGUCAUGUGGCUGAUACUGCAGUGUCUCAUCCUGAGCCCUCUGAGGUCAAGGCAAGAUGGAUUUCCCAUCCACAGGCAAUUUCAUCAGAUGGUUGCCAGCCACCUGCCUGACCAGGGAGCAUCAGGGAGGAGGAGGGAGAGUCACUGCUAGAGGCUUAUCUCCUCUUCCAGUGGCUCCAACAGUUCCUGUUCCAUGUCAUGGUCGCGAGCAAGGUUCAUCUACCCUCCGGGACUCAGCCGUGCACACCAAGCAGGGCCCUCCAAGUCCCACCAAGCCAGUCCCCUCCUGCCCUCUGGCUGCCUGGCCCAUCUCCCUGGGUGUCCAGGGUCUGGGCCGGGCCAGUGAUUUGGGUCAGUGGCAGCCAUGUGGGCCAGGAGCCGCACCCUGGGACUGGCACACACACACUGGUCCAGGCUCUGGGGAGGCUCAGAGAGCUGGGUCACCAGCAGGACUAUGGGGGAGUUACUGCUGACCUGGGAGGCCUUCCCAGCAGAAGAGUUGCAAGAGGGUCCAUUUCAGGAGCCAGAAGUUCAGCUUGUUUGGGGAAGGGGAGCUGUUUGGGGUGGAGGCUCAGUGCAGGAGGGGAAGGCAAGGGACGUUGGGAUGUGAAGCCAGGUGGUUGGGUGGGUAGAGGGGUGGACAGGCAGGGCCUCCUCAGAGUUGGUUCCACAUGGCCUGAAGGAAUAAAAGGGAGCUCCCCACCUGGUUGCCACAGGGAGGAGGGCUGCCCAGGAAGGUAACCUGGAGCUCGGGUCAUCACUCCUCAGGGAGGGGGCAAUCACAGUGUCAAAUCAGAUCCCCCUGUUCCUGAGCUGUGCUCCCCUUUACUUGUUUAUUUCCUAUUUCUGGUCAUCUGUCCUCAAGACGCUGUCGCCAAAGAGAUGUUUGUGCUGAGGCCCCUGUCAGCCCUCCAGGGACCUCUCCGGCUCUGAGGGAACCACACUGUUUCUCAGACAG